AUGAGAAAGAGUACUUCUUCUUCAACUUCUAAAAAAACAACUUCCUCGCCAAGAAACUCCCCAACGAACUCAUCGACCUCAAAUUCCUCUUCGUCGGCCAUUUCUGUGGUUUGUUUGCCAGUAACCAUUCUCCUCAAUCCGAAAAUUCAUAUUCUUGCUGGAAACUCCUCCAUUGCCAAUACGUUGUAUUUUCAUCCGUCGAGUGCUGGUUCAAGCACUGGAAAACAUACUUCCUUUAAUAAUCACGGCUCCCCUCAAUCCACCAGUGGUUCGAAUCAUCUUGGGAAUAACAACAACAAUAACCACUAUUUAAAUGUGACUUCUCCUGGCUCACAUUAUUCCAUGACUGCCCAAGAUCGAGAGUACUUUUGUAAUGCCUUUUAUCAAUGGAACUUGACGAAUGCGAAUGGAUAUUGCGAGUGCUUGAGUGAGUGUUCGGAAACCAUGACUCUCAAUGGAUCUAGCACUGCCUUAAUGUAUGAUUCAUCGUUGGGAGGAAUGUUUCCAUCGGAGAGAAGUUCAACUGCAAGUGCUACUGGAGCCAAUGAUGUUUGGACUGGCUCUUCAUCAUCCUUCUCAACGUCGACUUUAUCCAUGAAUACAACAAGUACCACCACGACAGAUAAGACUUCUUAUUGCUCCACUCCAACGACAGGUUAUGGAAAGAGUAGCGAUGAUCUUAAAUCGACCUCUCAAAUAAGCGAAGAAAUGGAACUUCAAUGGAUUGAUUAUAUGAAAACUCGUUUCCUGACCUUUGCUGAAGACACUGCAAAAUUGGGAAGUGAAAUGGAAAUCAAAAUGAUGUUUGUCGAGUUGUUCUACGAUCCAGUUCUUGAAAAAGUACCUCCCAGAGUUUUUAAGUCGGUAGAAGAUGUCUACACUCGCCUCGAUGUCUUUUGUCGAGCAUUGGUCCAUUUGAAAUUGCCUUUUGAAAUUGUAGAGUUUGAAAAGUUACGAAAUGAAGCGUUACAAAAACAUGGCAAUUCCUAUCAAUGGUUCUAUUUGAAAUAUUUACCAUCCUUAUUGAAAAAGCAACGACUUUUCAAGCAUGAAUAUUUAAAAGACUUUUUAGAGGAACAAAUGAUUAAGUGUGAACAACCUAGAUCAAUCUUGUUGAAUAGCGAUGACAUUGCAGCCUCUAAUGUGAGCUCUCCCAGAACAUUGCAAGCCUCUUCUCAACUUGGAUGUCAACAAGUGGGUUUGUUAGAUGAAAUCAAACUAUUAUGCAACAUGUUCUUGAUUGAACUCGGGGACUGGUUUUCUCUCUUUGAAUACAAACAACGCAAGAAGAUGAAGAAAUGGUUUGAAAGAGGUAUUAAGAAUCAUUGCAUUCCAAAAUAUGUGUUGGAAAUUUAUAAACGAAAGAAGGAUAAGAAUGAGAGGGCAUUCCGAGAAUACAAAUUUAAGGAUGAAGAUUUGAAUAUUAAGCAUGUAAUUGACUCUGAUUGGACGUUUACGAACUGGAUGUGUCAUGAGCAUACCAACGAUUGGUAUGUGACGUAUUCGAAUAUGCCAAAUGUCAUUCAGUGGAAUUCUGAUGAAGACCAUUCGGUAGGAAAUUUACAAUUGAGAAAUUCGAAAAUUAUUGGCUACAUUGAUCAUCCAUUAGGACAAGUUGUUAAAUCCACCCACUAUGAUACCCAUCUCGAAUAUUGUUUCAAAAAUGUAGAAUGGCAUUACUACACUCCAAUCAAUGCAUCAAGCAGUACUCAAAAAUAUCCAGGUGCCUUAAUGACAGCGAAAUUCGACUUUGAUCCCAUGUUUUCUUUGAGAGGUGUACAGUUUGUGUUUUCAAGCAAAUCUCAAUUUUUAGGGGACAGAAUGGUUGAAAAUGCCUUUCUGUUCAAGUCGAGCGAUUUUGUGAAAACGGAAGAAAUCAAAGACUUGAUCAAGUGUCCAUUUGUGGGUAGUAGAAUUUCAACCAUGGUCGAUAAGAACCGAACUCGAUACGUAGAAGCUCGAACCUCUAAUUUAGGUGGUUUUUUAAACAAGAAGAUUAUCUUUACAAAUCCACUUUCAGCCAAGAAGUUGUGUCUUGAUAAUUAUAAUGGAAUUUUGAAAGCCAUUCAUGAAGCGAAAGAGAGAGGUUAUGCCAUGCCUUCGUUUGGGAAUAAUUUUUUAGCCAAAAUUUUGUAUGACUAUUGCAAGUAUUAUUGUGGAGUGGAUUUACAAGUAGAUCAGCACGUGCUGAAUUGA